GUGUGAUUAGUGAGUAAUCUACUCACGCUGACGUGGGAUGAAGAGAUCCAGUAACGAGAAGGAACGCGUAGUUGUGCAAAUGCACGGAGCGGCGUUGAUAUUCCUGACGUGUCUGUCUACGGGUGCCCACGCACCCGAGGAUUGCGACCGAGCGGCAAUGUUGGUUAAGGAAGGACGCAAACCCCGUCUGGAUCCCGAACCAACUGACAGCAAACGCCCGGAACACAACCUGUCCCUUCGCGAAGAUUCCGAAAGAUAUAAUUUUUUUAA